AAGUGAGACUCUAAUAUCUGCCCCGUGAACCCUUUCAUCUCACAAUUAGGGCUUCUCCUUUCCAUGGGCAACAUCUCAAGCAGCGACACUAACCCCUGCCGCCGCCACACCGGAGCUCUAAGGCGGAGCCACCCCCCGUCGCCUCUGCCAGUCACGCCGCACCCAAAGAUCGCCAGGAAUCCAUUCGUGUACCCUGGUGCCGCACUGUAUCCACUUCCUUCCGGAAUCCAUGACCAACUCCACCUGUGCCGGCCAUGACUCUGACUUCUGCCGAGACGACUCCGCCACGCUCGUCCUCAAAUUCGUCGCCAUCGCCUCCAUCGUCCUCGCCGGCAUGGCCGGAAUUGCCAUCCCGCUCGUCGGACGCCGGAGUCAGCCUGGCCACGGGAUUCGUCCACAUGCUCUCCGAGGCCUCCGAAGCGCUCCAGGUUCAAGUUCCCGCCAAGGCCUUCCCGUGGUCCAAGUUCCCCUUCACCGGCUUCUUCACCAUGGUGGCUGCUCUCUUGACGUUCCUCCUCGAUUUCCUCGGAACGCAGUACUACGAGCGCAAACAGGGACUCAACUGCUCCUCCGACGAACAACCGCGGGUAGGCUCCUCCGAUUCCAUCAAGGUCUUUGGGGAAGAGGAAAGCGGCGGAAUGCAUGCACAUGCCGCGCAUCACAGGCACAACCACACCCUUCGUAACUGCAAAGGUAGCAAAGGAAAAAGAAGAGAAGAUAUUGAGAAAUUCAUAAAUGAAGGUGUUUAUCAAGUAGACAAGCUGAAAGAAGAGGGACUCAUAUCAAAUAUAAUCUACGAUGAUGAGAUUAUUGCCAUGUUGAAGGAGUGAAAUCAGAUAAAGAUCUGCCAAUGGUGGAUUACAGGAAAUACUCCCGAGUUAGGAAAUGGACUGUUGGAAUACCAGGUGGAAAAGAACUUAUAGCCAUUAUCCGAGCAUCCGGUAGUAUUAGUCGUGUAGAGAGUCAAUUAAGUGUCUCUAGCUCUGGCAUUAUUGCAAAGAAGUUCAUUGAGAAGAUUCGCACUGUUAGAGGUAAACUUGACCUUACAAAUUUCCCUUUAAAAUUUCAAUGCAAGAGGCUGAUUAAAAAUGACACUUAUUUGAUAGAAUAUGAUUUUUUCCAUCUCAUUGUUAGUCUCUUUGUAUGAUUUGUUUUUUCUGCCUGGCUUCUCAGCUUUCUAUAUAGAUUUCUGAGUUGGAUUCUCAAAUGAAUGUCAUGAUCAUACAUAAUGUGCUUCAGGGAACCCUGAUAAUGGGAGAUAAUUUGUUUUUAUUGUAUAUCUUGGCAUGGAAAUUAUCUUUAUUUAAGUGAUAUUGAAUUAUUAAUUAAAGAUCCAUAUUGAUUAACAUUAAGAUCCAUAUAUAUAUAUAUGUUUACUAUAGGUAAUCAGAAAAAAUCUAAAAAAUAAAUGAAAUUUUUUUUAAUAAAAAAAAUACAAUCUAUAUCGGUUUUCAAUAGAACUGAUGUAGAUUUGUGUACAAAUUUACAUCGGUUUUACUGACAGCCGAUGUAGAUUUGUACACAAAUUUACAUUGGUUGUCAGCAAAACUGAUGUAGAUUUUGCAUAAAUCUACAUCCGUUUUCGAACCGAUGUAGAUUACUUCGUAGAACUGAUGUAGAUAAUACAUCUUGUAGUAGUAGUUGUUCAACUAAUUGAAGUUUAUGUUGAUGAAGAUAAUUAAAAGUGUGAAAAAUGUUGUUAUGUUGGUAGAAUUGAAUGUUGUUUCUUGUAUUCAAGUUGUUUAUAAGUUGAUUUAUGAUGAAUUUGAAAAGUUGUUAAUGUUGAGAUAGUUAACUAUCAAGCUUUUUUUUUAUACGUUGAUUUUUGUUACUCAAGCUUACUCUUAUUUUCUAUGUGUUGGACUGCAAUGAUCUUAUUUAGUUAGAGAGAAUGUUAGGAUUAGCAAGAGAGCAAGCUUGGGAAUUGAUGGGCUUUUGGCUAGAGUUGUUUUGAUAAGCAGGCAUGUGUAUAUAAAUUAAGUUUCUUAAUCUGUACCUAGGAUUUUGUUUUUUCAAUCCUUGUUGGAGUUGUAUAUGUUUGUAAAUAUUUGUAUAUAUACAAUGAUGAUUGUAAUUCCAUAAAAGACUUUAUGUUUUCAGUCAUAUAAGUAUAAAUUGGUUUUGUGUUUUCUUGUA